AUGGAUGUAACAACACUGAUUUAUAGUAUAAUUGGUACAUUCGGCUGUUCGACUAAUGGGUUCGCGAUAUUCAUUCUAUUUCGCUUACAGAAUCGGUUCAGUACAACAACACUUCUCAUCUCAAAUCAGUGUAUCAUUGACUUUUUCGCAUCUUUGACGUCGCUUUGUCUUUUUCUCGAUCCAGAGUUAAUGACUCGGCUCCCAGAAUCAAAUAUCGCAGCAGACUUUGUUUGUAAGGUCUGGUCAAGCAAAUACAUAUUCUGGUCAUGUACAUAUGCUUCAACGGCUAAUCUUGUCGUACUUACAUUUGAUCGUUACUUUGUUGUAAUGUAUCCAGUAAACUACAAUUUAACCAAGGAAAGGUUUAACAUGAAAGUAUUGCUUUUGCUAAUUCCCUGGAUAUGUGGUUUUGGGUUCAUAAUCCAGUGGCUAAUGGUACACAAUGUAAAGGACGGAGAGUGUAUCCGGACUUGGUCAAGUGUUGGUUAUGAGAAAGCGUUUACUUUAUUGUGUGGCGUGUACAUUCUUGUCAUUCCUAUUAGUGUAAUGUUGUUUGUUUACGUCAACAUUUAUCGCGCACUCCGAAGAGAUGGAGAUGGUUGUUCUGCGGUGAGUGCGAACAGAGCGGCCAGACGACUGAACAUUAUUAAGACAAUGCUGAUAGUUAGUGUAACAUACGUUAUUUGUUGGUCUCCAAACGAGAUAUGUUAUAUCUACUUUACAUUGGGAGGGGAGUUUAAUUUUACCGGACCAGUUUACUACAUUGGAGUAGCAAUGUCUCUGUGUAACAUCUGUAUAAAUCCCAUAAUAUACACAUUCAAAUAUAAUGACUUUAAAGUAGGUGUAGAGAAAUCUCUGCCAUGUCUUAAGAACUUACCUACUCUACCAUGUCGUAAGUCUGUAUCCACACCACAAACAACUUAUCCAUUAGGAACUGUGUCUACAAACGUCCUGACAUAA